AUGGUUGGCACUAAAUUACCGGCAAGAAAUUUCAAACCUAUCGCUUUUCGGGUAACUACCAUCCUUUUUGAUAGAACUUCCCGGCCCCAUCGACCGUCGGUUGGUGGUGGUGGUGGUGGUGCCGUUGAUGGAAAACGGUUUCCCAUUCGAUUCGCAAAAAGGAUUGCCUGCGGGGCGCGUUUCGGAUCGUGUGUUAUUAUCGCUGCUGGACCCGGUCAGGGGGCGAAAGGACCGACGCGACGCGAGUCGACUCGACCCGACGCGACCCGACCCGACCCGAUGACGGUGAUGCAGCAGGACUCAUCCUCCUGGGGGACCACAAGCAAAGCUUACCCUACCGUAAGCAAAACCGUUGUCGCUGGUCGCUAUCUGCCGAUGAAUGUCCUGGGAGUUGAUCAACGAAAAGACGAAAAGACGAAAAGACGAAAAGACGAAAAGACGAAAAGACGAAAAGACGAAAAGACGAAAAGACGAAAAGACGAAAAGACGAAAAGACGAAAAGACGAAAAGACGAAAAGACGAAAAGACGAAAAGACGAAAAGACGAAAAGACGAAAAGACGAAAAGACGAAAAGACGAAAAGACGAAAAGACGAAAAGACGAAAAGACGAAAAGACGAAAAGACGAAAAGACGAAAAGACGAAAAGACGAAAAGACGAAAAGACGAAAAGACGAAAAGACGAAAAGACGAAAAGACGAAAAGACGAAAAGACGAAAAGACGAAAAGACGAAAAGACGAAAAGACGAAAAGACGAAAAGACGAAAAGACGAAAAGACGAAAAGACGAAAAGACGAAAAGACGAAAAGACGAAAAGACGAACAGAAAGAACAGAAAGAACAGAAAGAACAGAAAGAACAGAAAGAACAGAAAGAACAGAAAGAACAGAAAGAACAGAAAGAACAGAAAGAACAGAAAGAACAGAAAGAACAGAAAGAACAGAAAGAACAGAAAGAACAGAAAGAACAGAAAGAACAGAAAGAACAGAAAGAACAGAAAGAACAGAAAGAACAGAAAGAACAGAAAGAACAGAAAGAACAGAAAGAACAGAAAGAACAGAAAGAACAGAAAGAACAGAAAGAACAGAAAGAACAGAAAGAACAGAAAGAACAGAAAGAACAUAAAGAACAGAAAGAACAGAAAGAACAGAAAGAACAGAAAGAACAGAAAGAACAGAAAGAACAGAAAGAACAGAAAGAACAGAAAGAACAGAAAGAACAGAAAGAACAGAAAGAACAGAAAGAACAGAAAGAACAGAAAGAACAGAAAGAACAGAAAGAACAGAAAGAACAGAAGGAACAGAAAGAACAGAAAGAACAGAAAGAACAGAAAGAACAGAAAGAACAGAAAGAACAGAAAGAACAGAAAGAACAGAAAGAACAGAAAGAACAGAAAGAACAGAAAGAACAGAAAGAACAGAAAGAACAGAAAGAACAGAAAGAACAGAAAGAACAGAAAGAACAGAAAGAACAGAAAGAACAGAAAGAACAGAAAGAACAGAAAGAACAGAAAGAACAGAAAGAACAGAAAGAACAGAAACAACAGAAACAACAGAAACAAUAG